UUUUUUAAAGUAUUUAAAAAGAAGUUGGACCGCCACUUUCAGCAGUGGCUUGCAGCAUUUCCCGGUUCGCGACUUACGGUCACAUUGUAGUGCACAAAAAAUCGAGUUUCCUGCAUUUUCAGUUGCUUAAAUACCCGAGUUAUAGUGCGAUUUCUGGUCUGAAAAGAGUGCGAUAUACAGGUGCAGGCCUUUGACCACCUUCCAGACCGGAAGAGACUACGGAUAAUGUGGCCACAGGCCCGUAAAAGGCCCGUGGAAAACGACGCAUGAGACCCGAACUGCGAACCAGAUGAUAGAGUAGCGUGCCAGCGAGAGCGAGCGAGAGAGCAACGGAGAGGGCGAGAGGGAGAGGGAGAGAGGAGAAGGCCAGAGUAGACACAAAACUCCGAGCGGAGUUCUCGCCCAUUUUCCGGUCGAUUUCGCAGUCCAUUCGGUUGCCAUAUAGUCCGGAAUAUGGCCGAGGAGGCGCCGGGAGGCAAUGCCGGCGACGUGCCCGACUCUGGGGCGGAGGAUGUGGGCGCUUCGGUGAUCGUGGAGCCGGGAUCAGAGGGAUCCAAUGCCGGAGCCCGUACUCUUCCGGCUGCAGCGAUGAAGUUCGCCGACCUCACAGAGAGUGGCAGCGAGUCCGGUGACAACGAGGGUGAGGAGUCCGGGACCGUGGGCCCGGAGAAUGGCAAUGCCAACGGUGAGCCGGGGACCAGUGCGUCUGCCACGGCGGAGGCCGCAGCGGGACGCUCCUCGCCGCCGCCCAACUGCGCCAUCUGUUUGUCCCGCUGCCGGCGGAAGUGCUUCACGGACUCCUGCAUGCAUCAGUUCUGCUUCAAGUGCCUGUGCGAGUGGAGCAAGAUCAAACCCGAGUGCCCGCUGUGCAAACAGCCCUUCAAGACCAUCAUACACAAUGUCCGUACCCUGGACGACUACGAUCGCUACCCGGUGCAAUCUUCUUCGCCCGGUCUGCCAGAUCACCCUUCCCUACGAUUCCAUAUAGUCAGGCGUCCCAGGUUCAUGCCGCUGGUGCAGAACCAGGCCGUGAUGACCAACGACAUAGAGGCGGGCCUAGCCGCCGGAGCUGCGGGCGAAGAGGUCCUGCCAGCAGCCGAGGUGGCAGCCGGCCGGCACUCGUACAACCGCUUCGAGCCCUACCGCAUGGAGCUGAUGAACUUUUACCGGCACGACCAGGACGCGGCCACCUCGGGCUCGCUGAGCCAGCUCUGGCGGCGCUACGUGUACGACAGGAAGCUCUAUGCCCUGCCCGUCAGCGAUAGCCUGACGGGUCACUUUCGCGAGUGGAGUGCCCGCUUUUACAGAAACAAUCCCGCCCAGAUGCAUCGCCUGAUGCCUUGGAUCCAUCGCGACAUUGUCUGCCUGCUGAGGAAUGCCGCCCACAGCGUGAGCACUGUGGUGCAGCUGAUGCACGACAUCCUGCCCAUGACCAACAUACUGGGUCCCACAUUCCGUCGCCGGCUGUCGCCGUAUCUGGGCGAGCGCACCAGCCACUUCAUCCACGAGCUGUUCAACUUUGCCCGCUCCCCCUUCGACAUGAUCGGCUACGACCAUGUGGUCCAGUACUCGGCGCGCGUGGCCGAGGAGGUGGAGGUGGACCUGCUGGACAUGGUGGAGACCCAGUCCUCGAACGGGAGUGAUCUCCACCUGGAGGUGGCUGACGGCGACGGCGAGGCCGCCAAUGCCGAGUCCUCGAACGAUUGGAGCGCCGCCAGCGCUCGCCGUCCGUCGACCAGUGUGAUUGUGACCAAUCCCGGUGCCACACAUUCCUUCAGCGUGACAAUGGCCAGCGAUGGCAGUGAGCUGCCGGGCAUCUCCAUACGCCGCACCACCACAUCCAAUGUGGGCUCCCAAACGGUGGCCAUUAACCUGAGCAUGCGGCGUCCAGCGGCGGCGGCGGCAGUUGCCAGCGAAGAGGCGGAGGUCAUAGAGAUCGACGAUGGCGACGCAGCCGCGAAUGCAGAAGUGGCGGCCAUCAACGAUGGGAGCAAUCCCAGCCGGAGACACGCUGGUGCCACUCUCCCAGUGAGUGCCCACAUCGAGCUGCAGAGCAGCAGCAGCUCAGGCGACGAGGAUGAGUGCGUCUUUGUGCUGGAACUGAAGCCACCGCACCUGCGCACACCCGAGCAGGUGAGCUUGGACUCAAACAGUGACUCUGAUGUGGUGUUCGUGAACGAGCAGAACGAAGCUCCUCCGGCUGCGAGUCUCGCCGACCAGGCGAUACAAUCAUCUGUGGACCAGUCCGCCAGAGAUCAGGGCUUGUUCAUGGGCCCCAGCACAAGUGCGGCGGCCAACAGGGGCAAGAACUGGAAGCUGGUGGUGGAGGAGGCUCGUCGCCUCGAUCAGUUGCGCACAGUGCGCUCAACGCGUUCGAAGAGAUCGCGUCAGCGCUCUUCCAUCCUUGUCCGGAGUGCCAGUGGCAGCAGCAACAGCAGCUGCAGCAGCUCUUCCUUCCACUUGAGCAGCAGCAGCGAUGACAGCAGUGCCAGCAGUUCCUCAAAUCCGGAGCCAGCCAAGAGAAAACAACGCAAGAAGAAGGCCUCAAGCAAAAAACGUUCAAGCAAAAGCGCAAAGGGCAAACGAUCAUCUCGCAAACGGAGACGCCGGGCGGAGGAUGUGGAUCAAGGUCUGAGCCAGGUGGAGGAGGCCAUUCUGGAGCUGCGGAGGCGGAUGGAGCGGGAGCAGACCGAACAGCAACCCCCGGAGCAACCGGACAGCAGCAGUGACAGCCACAGUUCGUCUGGUGACGAGUCCGGUGGCGACAGCACAGAGACUACCGGUCACCCCAACACCAAUAACAACAAUACCAGCAGUGAUGAUUCAGAUGAUGACAGCACUGAGAACCUACAGCUAAGCGCUCUGCGGGCCACUCUAAAAGCAGAGGCAACUCUGGAGGAUCGUAAACCACUCAAACUGGAACUGAGGAUGCCCGAUGGCGAUGAAGGGGAACCGCAGCAGGAGUUGCCCCAAAACGCAGAGACGCUUCCAGCGGCGACAGCGGACGCCGAACCGGGAUGCAGUGCACCAAAGCGGCGACGCAGCUGCAGCAACAGCAAUCAGUCCAGCCAGAGCGCCAGUUUGGCCAGCAGCUCAACAGCCACAUCGAGUUCGGUGCCGCCGAGUUCGUUCAGCUGGAGGGCAGCGGGCUAUGCCGGCGAUCCCCUGAUGCGUGGCCCGGUAGCGAUGGAGGAGCACGACAUAGCCAACUCCCUGAUAGAACUGUCCACGCUGACGCAGCCGCGGGAGAUCGGACUCUUCAACGAACAUUCUGAUGGGGCAGAUAUAUCGCUCAGCUUUCUGCGCAACACACUACGCGGCAGCUCACAUGCUUUGGAGGCGGAUGACGCUCAUCUGGGCAUCUACUCCGAUGCUGAUGAAGAUGCCGAUCCGGUGCCCAGUAAUGGACAAAGUCCCCUGGAAGCAGCAAUCGACGUGAUUGGAGAAGCAGAGGUGGAAACCGCCGAAGAUACAGCCACUGCCACUGAAGAACAAGAUGACCAGGACGAGGACGAGGACGAGGACGAGAACGUGGACGAUGACGAUGAUGAUGAAGGCGGAGAUGGAGAUGAACAGGAGGAGGAGAAAGCAGAGGAGAAUGAGGAGGAGGGGGAGGAGGAGGAGGAGGAUGACAGCGACAACAACGAUGAAGAGGAGGAGGACCCGGAGCCGGAGCCGGAAAACCAUGACCCAGACGAUGCAACCUGGGCUCUAGCGUUUCUGGCUUAAGCGAUAGAUUCGAUUUUUAUUUAAGUUGUUUAUUUAAAGAAGUGUUUAACUGGUUUCCGUCUUUGCUUGUUUCGAUUCCUGAAUCCCCUUAACCCAAAAAUAUAAUAGUUAUUGUAACCUUGCUAUGUAAGUAAUAAAAAUUAGUAAGUGUAAGCUCAAACUAGAUGUACUCUAGCACUAGGGUUGCCAUUUUAAGUUGUAUAUAUUCAGACCCCUAUAUCUCUAAAAUUUAAAUUUAAAUAUAAAUGUACGUUCACACACCUUUCAACUGCAACAUUGUUUGGAUGUUCUCGCAUAUAGCCCAUCCCCAAAACUACAUUCUAUAUCUCUGAAGCUCAGUCCCUUCCCAUCCCAACAUCGAUUGUAAAUGUAUUUAUUUAAGUUAACCACAACCUACAUAUACUUACUAUACUUAUGGAAACUAGCUGUACUGUUCGUAGCUUGUAAAUCACAAAACUGGCGCCGAUCAAUGUAUGGCGAUAGUGUUAAUGUUUUUUGCAUAAAUGGGCGUGGCCAGUUAUGAAUUUUAGUGUACUCUGCAUACAAAGAACAAAAAUAUCUACAAUACGAAUCAAAUACAUAAUGAUUAAAUGUA